UCCGGUACAUCAACAGACAGCGGCAGUGUAAGCUGAGCGUGCCCUUGAAUGACCGGACAGUGGAGCUCAACAGCUACCCAAGAUUCAAUGACUGGUUAGACCUCGUCAAUGUAAAGAAAGAAGUUGUACAGAGAAUCCCAGAGGAGCUAACCCUAGAUGCCUUACUGGAUAUGAAUGAGUCCAAGGUGAAAGAAACCAUGAAGAGAUGUGGGGCCAGUGACGAGGAGUGUUCCAGACUCAAUGGGGCUCUCACCUGCUUAAGGAAGGUGACCGAAUCAGGUGGGGAGUUAAAAGAAGAUCUGUUGUGGAAUCCUUCUGAUGUGCGUCGAGAGAGCACCUCUGCACACCCCGCAGAACCCUCCUGUCCUACAGGCCCCACGUGGACUCAUGGCAUGCUGCAUCUUUCGAAGGGCAACAGCCAGCAGGCACGCUCUGUGUCCGUGUCUGCUAUACCUUCUUCGGAUUCUCUUGCCUCGAGCCAAGGACCUUCGAGCUACACAGACAGCUUCCUGGAACCUUUAGCCUUCCCCACCCACAGUGGUCGAGUAGUAUUUAGGACUCCUCACAGCAUCACCAUCACACCGCCGACGACGCCUCAGUUAAAGAGGCGUCACAAAUUGAAACCUCCACGGACUCCCCCUCCGCCUUGCCGGAAGGUUUUUCAGCUGCUACCAAACUUUCCAACCCUCACAAGAAGCAAGUCCCAUGAAUCACAGCUGGGCAACAGGAUAGAUGAAGUUCCUCCUGUAAAGUUUGAUCUCCCCCAGGGAUCCCCUCAGAUGGUACGAAGAGACAUUGGCAUAUCCGUAACACACAGAUUCUCUACGAAAUCUUGGUUAUCUCAGAUGUGCCACGUGUGUCAGAAAAGCAUGAUGUUCGGCGUGAAGUGUAAGCACUGCAGAUUAAAGUGUCAUAACAAAUGUACUAAAGAGGCCCCUGCUUGCAGAAUAUCUUUCCUUCCUAUAGCGAAAAUAAGAAGGACGGAGUCUGUCCCUUCUGAUAUUAAUAACCCUGUGGAUAGACCUGCAGAGCCGCAGUUUGGAACCCUUCCAAAAGCACUAACGAAAAAGGAUCAUCCCCCAGCAAUAAACCAUCUAGACUCCAGCAGUAAUCCAUCUUCUACAACCUCCUCCACGCCAUCUUCUCCAGCACCUUUCCAGUCUUCCAAUCCUCCCAGCGCAACGACUCCCCCAAAUCCCUCCCCCAUGGGCCAGCGGGACUGCCGGUUUCACUUUCCAGCUGCCUACUACAUUCAGCAUAGACAACAGUUUAUCUUCCCAGAAAUCCCCAGCCCCCCACAAGUAAUACAGCCGCCUGAAACAGCUGAAGACACUAAUGCUGAUGAACAGCUGGACACAGAGGGGGUUGAAGAACCUGAUGCAGAGGUGGAGGAGCAAGAGCCGAAUAAAUCGGAACCGGAGGACGAUGAGGACGAGUUAGACGACUUGCCCAGCAAACGGCCGCACUGGAAAGGGAUGAUCUCCCGCAAGGCCAGCCAGACCAGCGUCUACUUGCAGGAGUGGGACAUUCCCUUUGAACAGAUUGAGCUGGGGGAGCUCAUUGGCCAAGGGCGAUGGGGGAAGGUUUACCGGGGGAAAUGGCACGGAGAGGUGGCAAUCAGGCUGUUGGAGAUCGAUGGGAACAAUCAGGACCAUCUCAAGCUCUUUAAGAAGGAGGUGAUGAAUUACAGGCAGACCCGACACGAGAACGUGGUGCUCUUCAUGGGGGCGUGCAUGCACCCCCCUCAUUUAGCCAUUAUUACCAGCUUUUGCAAAGGAAGGACGCUUCAUUCAUUUGUAAGGGAUCCCAAGGUAUCUUUGGAUAUUAACAAAACCAGGCAGAUAGCUCAAGAAAUCCUUAAGGGCAUGGGGUAUCUUCAUGCAAAGGGGAUUGUGCAUAAAGAUUUGAAGUCCAAGAAUGUUUUCUAUGACAAUGGCAAAGUGGUGAUCACAGACUUUGGACUAUUCGGAAUUUCGGGUGUGGUUCAGGAGGGAAGGCGUGAAAAUGAACUGAAACUGCCCCAUGACUGGCUGUGCUAUCUGGCCCCUGAAAUUGUUCGUGAGAUGUCUCCUGGGAAAGACGAAGACAAGCUGCCCUUCUCCAAGGCUGCAGACGUCUAUGCUUUCGGGACGGUUUGGUAUGAGCUCCAAGCAAGAGAGUGGCCUUUCAAGAGCCAGCCAGCUGAAGCACUCAUCUGGCAGAUCGGAAGCGGAGAAGGAGUGAAGCAUGUCCUUGCUACAGUUAGUGUAGGGAAAGAAGUCAGCGAAAUCCUCUCAGCAUGUUGGUCUUUAGACCUCAGCGAGAGACCCAGCUUUACUCUCCUCGUGGAUAUGCUUGAAAAACUGCCAAAACUGAACAGACGGCUGUCGCAUCCUGGACACUUCUGGAAAUCUGCAGACAUUAACAGUAGCAAAGUUGUCCUCCGUUUUGAAAGAUUUGGCUUGGGAAUCCUGGAAUCAAGUAAUCAAAAGAUAUAGCAUGGUGUGUAAUUACCUUGUUGAUAUUGUUGUCUACCUGCUUACACAAAACAUCAGAAACCUUCACGGCAUCUUCCGAACUCUGAAACUGGUGCAGCCCUACCUGAAAGCCACACGACCCCUCCGUUCAAACUGGCGUAUGUUGUUUCUGAAGUCUGAGUUCUGCCUAAGCACCAGCAAUUAUUUAAAAAAUGUUUACAUCAUAUGUUUCUCUAUGUGAACUAUAUUUUUUUAACAUGAUGAUGAUGAUGAUAAUAAUAAAGGUGAUUUAAGAUUUUUCUUUAAGUGCAAGCAUUCAAAUGGCACUGAAAAGAACUGCUCCCCCAGUUCUUUGUUGCAUCUGUGGAGUAACUAAGGGCUAAUUUCUGCACUGCAAAUCAUGCACACAGUUUCCACUGAAGCUAAUCGAGGUUGCUCGUGUCAGAGAAUGGCUAGCUUUAAAUCACUAAUGCAGCCAAUUCAAGUGAGAAGGAAUGGAGUUAUGGCCCCAUUGUGUCUCCAUAAGGAAACUU